AUGUUCUUCAUCUUCUUUGUAGCUGCUUUGAGUGAAACUCUUUAUUACAACGUAAAGAAAGAAUCGAGCGAUGUCAUUACAUAUGAGAGAUAUGAUGUUGAUACAUGUUACAUGACUAAGAAUGCCGAGUACUUCAAAAUAACUGUAGCUUCCAAUGUUUACACUCGAAGCUAUUUCAAUGACGCUGAUUGUAAAACUGCUGGCACCACUGAUGUAGAAACUAUUGACUUUACUGCCACAACUGCUACCUGGAUGAAAACCGUUGAUGCCAAAUACACAAAAGAAGUCGCCUUUACUGCUGAGACCAAGAGUGGCUGCCCAAAUAAAGACAAAAAGAUGACUGGUGUUUACAACAAUGAUGUCUGCUAUAAAGUCGGUACUGCAUACAAAAGGCUGUUAUUCUCGAAGACGCCGGUGUUAAGAAGUGGGUUCUCGCUGAUUAUAAAGAUGCUGAAUGCACCGAUCAGACUUCUGCUACAACCAAAAUUGAGUGCAACAAGUGCGCUACCGACGUUUAUACUGCUUGCUAUGAAUCACAAGUUCCAGUCGUUCCAGAUUCAUCUGCUCUCACAUUCGUCUUAUUGGCGUUGA